CAGCCAGUGGUAAAGCCCUAUGUUGCAUCCUCCUCUUUCUCCUCCUGCUAAAACACAUUUAAAACCCGCACUCCACAAGUGAAGUCGUCACGCCCUCUCACCAGCUUCUUCACUCGCCUGCCUCUUUGGACCAAAAAGGGAUAUAACUGCUCGUUAAAUCUCUGGAAAAUCGUUGUGAAUCAUGUCGUCUGUGAUGCAGAAGUUGCUCACCCCCGUGGCCAGCGGCCCCGCGGAGCCCCCCAGGAACAAGGUGACCGUGGUGGGGGUGGGCAUGGUGGGUAUGGCCUGUGCCGUCAGCGUCCUCCUCAGGGACUUGGCUGAUGAGCUGGCUCUGGUUGACGUGAUGGAGGAUAAGCUGAAGGGAGAGAUGAUGGACCUGCAGCACGGGAGCCUCUUCCUAAAGACGUCUAAGAUAGUCGCUGACAAAGAUUAUGCCGUAACGGCUAACUCCCGCAUCGUGGUUGUGUCCGCUGGCGUGCGUCAGCAGGAGGGAGAGAGCAGGCUCAACCUGGUCCAGAGGAACGUCAACAUCUUUAAACACAUCAUCCCACAGAUUGUCAAACACUCCCCCAACUGCACCCUUAUUGUGGUGUCCAACCCAGUGGACGUGCUGACCUAUGUGACGUGGAAGUUGAGCGGAUUGCCCAAACACCGUGUCAUCGGCAGCGGCACCAACCUGGACUCCGCCCGCUUCCGUUUCCUGAUGGCUGAGCGCCUGGGCAUCCAUGCCUCCAGUUUCAACGGAUGGGUGCUGGGAGAACACGGCGAUACCAGUGUCCCUGUGUGGAGUGGUGUCAAUGUGGCUGGAGUCAACUUGCAGAAGCUGAACCCAGAGUUUGGCCUUGACGGAGACAAGGAGGACUGGAAGGCCACCCACAAGGCAGUGGUCGACAGUGCCUACGAGGUGAUUAAGCUGAAGGGGUACACUAACUGGGCCAUCGGCCUGAGUGUGGCUGAUCUCACUGAGAGCAUCAUCAAGAACAUGAGCAGGAUCCACCCUGUCUCCACCAUGGUCAAGGACAUGUAUGGUAUUGGCGAGGAGGUGUUCCUGUCCCUGCCAUGUGUGCUGAACAGCAACGGAGUGGGCAGCGUGAUCAAUAUGACCCUGACCGACGCUGAGGUGGGACAGCUGAAGAAAAGCGCAGACACACUCUGGGGCAUCCAGAAGGACCUCAAGGACAUCUAGACACACACAUCUACCCUCCCUUUUCCGUUCCCGAUGCAGUCAAACACAGACCUAGUUCCAACCGUCCUCCGAUCUACUGGAUCCAUCUCCCUUUCAUCUUAAUCUACUGGUAUACUCUUCCUUUCACCCCCCCCCCCCCCCCUUUCCUUUUGUAGGAUUAGGUUGCUGUGUUUCCAUGCUAGGUACUGUGUGAACCAGUAUGACUGUGUGCACCCUCAUUGGAUUCAUGUGUUGAAGCUAUUGUACUACGAUCAAAAAAAAAUGUUGGCUUUAUCCUCCGUUUGCACUGUCUUGAAGCACUGUUCUGUUCACUUCCUGUAGUGAGCGCAGAAACACAGACCCUGUAACUCAGUCCUCCUGAGGGGAGCAGUGGUGUUGGUUAUUGUGUGAGGAGAGAUGUUCAGUCUUUCUUUCUGGCAAUCAAUGUCAGAGGGAGAUAGGGCAGAGGUGGAAUCAAUCGAAACGGCCUACUUUAUUUAGACUUACUGUAACACCCAUGUUGAUUGUGUAAUGAAUGACAACAACAACCAAUUAAUAAAUAUUUGAACCUUA